AUGUUAGAGUACUUAGAAGAAAUGAUUGGCAACAUCACUUCGUUUUCCACUGCUUUAAGCAUAUUGAACUUCUCAAAUCUAUUUCACGCUGAACUAACAUGCUUCGUACAUGCAUCCUCGCAUAGUAGUUUUAAAUUAAGUCCUUUGCCAAAGUCGAGUUCGAUUGAAGCCGAAAUCGAUGGACGAAGAAAAUCGCCAACAAAUUCUGUAGCUAAUGCACAACAGCAACAGCAAAUUAGUAUUAAACAAGAAUCAUCUGAUGCAGCAGGAUCGCCACAAGUGCAUUUAAACAACCCUCUGAAUCACAACUUGUUGCCGACGAGUGGUUUGGGCUGCUGGAUAAAAAACGUUAAAACAGUUGAGCUGUCACAGCAACCACAGAGUCAAUAUAAAAAACAGCCUCCAUCUAAUUUGUCACAGUCGUUGCACACGACAAAACCACAGCUUACGGUUUUGCAACAUCAACAAGCUUUUAAGUAUCCUCACAAUCAACACUUAUCGCUGGGAAGUGCGACUUCUAUUACUAAGGGAGUUGCAGACACAGAUUUUGGAGAUUUGAUACGACAAACACAAUUUCUGUAUAACAAUGCCAAUCAGAGAGAUUCACGACCUGCAACAUCUUUUCAAAUAAAUAUUUCACAAGCCUCAAACAAUCAAAGCCCUUCAGGAAGUUCUUCAAGGAAAACCGGAAGAUUCAGACCAAAUUGGCUUGAGCAAUUCAAUUGGCUGCAAUAUGAUGAAAUUAAUAAUAUCAUGUUUUGCAUUCAUUGUCGAAAGUGGAGUGGUGACAUUCCCGAUAUCAGAACAUCUUUCGUUGAAGGAAAUUCCAAUUUUCGAUUGGAAAUUGUUAAUCAUCAUGAUAAAUGUAAAGCGCACAAAAUGUGUCGGGAAAGGGAACUUAAGGAUAAGGAGGAAAGAGACGAGUCAUCGAACAAGGAGCUUCCUAGAGAUCACAAAACUAUUUGA